AUGGCGGAGGCGUCGCAAACGGCCGCAGCCGCUGCCGUCUCGUCGCCAGCCACUGGCCUACGCGUGUUCCGGCUCGCUGACCUGGCAGAGGAUGACGUGGCGCAGCUGCUCACCAGGCCACGCAUAGACUUCACCUCCAUCUUCAGCACGUCUCCCAGAGCCACUAACUUUCUGCCUCCUCCCCUUCCCCCACCACCACGCUCCAUUCCCCUCUUGCUCUCCUUCCACUCCAGGUACACGGAGAGGUUUGACCGAGUCAAACUGGAUGACGUGGUGGUCAGAGUGGCAGAGCUGCCUGACCCUGAGAUAUCUUGA